AUGUGGACAACAGCGUGGCAUCCUGACGAGCCCGAGCCCGAGCCCGAGCCCAAGCCUAACCAGGCAGACAGGAGUACUCAACCCCCAGAUUUAUCCUCAAAAUGCGGGCCAGUGACUAGUGCUUGCAUGGAUCAUGAGGCUAUUCAUGAUGAACUUGAACGGUUGCGUCAGCAAGUCAAAUCCGGGAAGGAAAAUACAGAGAUGCUUUAUAGGGGUCGGCUUCUUGUAGAGGAGCAGUCUCGUCAACGAGGCGAGCUGCUCGAAAAUGCUAUUCAGGAAGCAAAUGCAGCUAGAAAGGAGAACCGGAUCCUCUUGGCCAAAAUAGGAAACCUACAAGCUGGAGCCGAGACUCUUUCCGACGAGGAAGCCAAGAGAGAGAUGUCUCUACUUUAUCACGAUCUUGAACACUGGAGAUUUACUCAUUUUGCAGCAAAGCCAUCAUGUCAACAAGGGAACGAUCCUACGGCAAGAUCAGAGAGCCCUGAUAUCUCGAGAUUGGAUGUUAUCCAAUCGGAAAUUGCUGGGUUAAUCUAUCGAUCGUUUUGGAACCGAUUUAUGGUUGGGGGUGAGCAUCCUUGGUGCAAUUAUCUCAGCAAGGCCGACUCCGAAAUAAAUAAACAAUUUUCUACCCAUAUUUACCGCCAUUGGCGAUGUGCCAUGAGCACUGUCAUGCUAUCCAUGGAAACCCAGGCCUUACAAGAACAGUGCAAUUCGAUCAUCGAGCAGGUAGAAGUCUGGUUCGGUCGCUACGCUGUCACCGACAAACUAAAGCGAAUGCAACAGCUACACGACAUUAUUGCGCGCUGUAUCACGCUCAAACAUAGAUUGGAGUGCCAGGAAGACACGUACAUCUUCUGGAGCAGUCACCAAUUCGGGCCGUUCCGGGAUGACAAGAUGCGUACCCUCAUAGAAGACGAUACCUCGGAUGCGCUCGUUGAGUCUAGCCUAUGGCCUGGUUUAUGGAAGGUCAUUCAGCCAGGCGAAUGGUGCAUAGUCGAAAAGGAGAUUGUGACAAAAAUUCCCCCGUUGGUUCCUAUCGAAAUGAUCGAUGAAAUGGAAUCUGAUCAAGGCGACACAGAUUCGGAUGAAAUUUAG